AUGUCCUUCUUCCAGGUGACCCUCAACCGGUCGGCCAUCGGCUUGCCGCAGCGCACCCGCGAUGCACUCGCUGCUCUGGGUCUGCGGCGGCGCAACCAGACCGUCGUGCACGCGGUGUCGCCGUCGUCGGCCGGUAUGAUCUUCAGCGUCAAGGAGCUGGUGAAGGUGAAGGAGGUCAGCGAGGGCCGCGAGGCGACGCUGGCCAAGCUCAAAGCGGCGCGGCGGCCGGAUCCCGGUUUCGUCGUUGCACGGAAAUACCACGACCUGAACGAGCAGAGCCGGCAAGAGUCAGGGCCGAAGAUCAGUUCAUGA